GGAAGAAUUUCGCGGUCAACUUUGGCGCCGCGAGCAGGCCGGCCGCCGAUCGUCAAUUGUUCGACCCUUCGCAGAUUUUCAUCGGGAAAAAUGGCCGCCCGCUUUAUACGUUUAGGAAAUUCUUUGAAGCUCUACACCAACAAGACCAGCUUGGUGAAGCAUGCUUCGUCGGCAUCGGCUGUGAAACAAAAGUUAGUCAAUUUGCCACCGACCCAGUUGACGCAGCUGGACAAUGGCAUGCGAGUGGCGUCCGAGGACAGUGGCCUUCCCACUGCCACCGUCGGCAUCUGGAUCGACUCGGGCUCCAGAUAUGAAACGGACAAGAACAACGGAGUGGCCCAUUUCCUAGAGCACAUGGCCUUCAAGGGCACUGCCAAGAGGUCUCAGACCGACCUCGAACUUGAGGUUGAGAACAUGGGUGCCCACCUGAAUGCGUACACCUCCAGGGAACAGACCGUUUUCUAUGCAAAGUGUCUCUCAGCCGAUGUUCCGAAAGCCGUGGAAAUUCUGGCCGACAUCAUUCAGAAUUCAAAGCUGGGCGAGCAGGAGAUUGAACGGGAGCGUGGUGUCAUUUUGAGGGAGAUGCAAGAGGUAGAGACAAACCUGCAGGAGGUCGUGUUUGAUCAUUUGCACGCCACUGCCUACCAGGGAACCGCCUUGGGCCGCACUAUUUUGGGCCCCACCCAGAACAUCAAGAGCAUCACCCGUACCGAUCUCGCCGAUUUUGUCAACACCCAUUACAGGAGUCCCCGAAUGGUGCUUGCCGGUGCUGGUGGUGUCAGCCACAACGAGUUAGUCAAGCUGGCCGAGAAGCACUUCCCCUCCAGCAAUAGAGGCGCCGAGUCUAUCGAGAUCCCAGUCGUCCCCAACUGCAGAUUCACUGGCUCUGAGAUCAGAGUGCGUGACGAUUCAAUGCCACUGGCGCACAUUGCGGUUGCCGUUGAGUCAUGCGGAUGGGCAAACCCUGACAGUAUUCCCCUCAUGGUUGCUAACACCAUCAUUGGAGCUUGGGACCGUUCUCAGGGUGCUGGAACUGCACACGCCUCGCCCUUGGCCAAGGCCUCUGCCGAGUCCAACCUGUGCCACUCGUUCCAGUCCUUCAACACCAGCUACAAGGACACCGGCCUGUGGGGAAUCUACUAUGUAUGCGACCCGAUGAGCUGCGAGGACAUGCUGUUCAACGUGCAAUCACAGUGGAUGCACCUCUGCAACUCUGUGACCGACGGUGAGGUCGCCAGGGGCAAGAACUUGCUCAAGACCAACCUGCUCCUGCAGCUGGAUGGCACCACCCCCGUGUGCGAGGACGUCGGCCGCCAACUGCUUACCUACGGCCGCCGCAUUCCAGUUCACGAGUUGGAAGCCAGAAUUGAAUCUAUCACUGCCCAACAAGUCCGUGACAUUUGCAUGAAGUACAUCUAUGACAGAUGUCCCGCAGUGGCCGCCGUUGGACCCGUAGAAAACCUGCCCGACUACGUUAGAAUUCGCAACUCCAUGUACUGGCUUAGGAUCUAAACCACCCUCUUUGAAUUCUUUUAUUUCGAACCAAAUCCGCUCCAUCAAUUUCGAUUUGCAGCCACCAUAUCACCAGAAACGUGUCCUGGCUCUCCUUUGUUAAUGUUAUUUGUAGAGUUGAUUCAAAGUUCGGUGGCUUCGUGGAAUCCCAAGUACAACACAGUCAGAAUGCUGGCAUUUAUUCAGUUGGGGAUUUCACGAGGAAAUCGAAACUGACUGAGCGGACGUUUAUUUCAUAUUGUAAAAACAAAGAUAGACUAAAGAAAAGAACCACCCAACAGCAGCAGGUGUAAUUAAUUCUGGACACAAUAAAAGAAGUUACAUGUUGUAAAAA